AUGGAUUCGUCUUUUUCGUCUUGGGCAACGAAGAACACCAAACUCUCUGUGCGGAAUCAAACGCAAUUCAAGAAAUCAUCCAACAACAUUCCGGCUUCGAAGAAGAACAACAAUUUGUGCAUGAGGGAACAUACGCUCUUCAAGAAAGCCUUCGAGCUUUCCACUCUGUGCGAUGUCGAACUCUGCGUCCUCUACUACGGCCGUGAAGGAGAACUCAUCAAGACAUGGCCCGAGGAUCAAACCAAGGUCAGAGACGUGGCCGAGAGGUUUAGCAAACUAAGCGACGGAGAGAAGCGCAAGAAAAGCUCAAACCUUUCUCAAUUUCUGAGCAAGAAGAUCAGCGACGAGAAGAAGCAUGACGAUGACAGCAAAUUAUCAGACAAAUUGUUUGAGAUGGAGGCUUCCUUGGAAAGUCGCUUACGUGUAUUCCAAGAAAAGCUUCGUCUUCUUUCCGCUCCACAUGAUCAUCAGACGGAGCCCUGUGCGGCUUUACCAUCUCCUUCGCUAAUUGUCGAGAAUCAUCAACAGAGGACUGAAGAGCCAUCAGCGAAUCAUCUGGGACAAGAUCAGAGGCAGAGCCUUGCUGUUUGCUCCGGCUUCCCAAUCCCAACUGAUUUAUCCAAGUCGUCUUCGUCUUCGUUGAUGAAUCAUCCUCCCAACUUUUCAAUCCUUCUCUAUAACCAUGUUAACCGUACUUUUACCCAAUUGCCUUCCCCCUUUUCCCAACCGGCGAUUCCACAGAAUCUUGAUCAGGGUUACUCAGAUUCGUUACUUGGGGGACAACGGUUCGGUAACAUUGAACUUCCUCCUCUGAUGCAGACACAAAGCCAGUUUGAUCAGAAUGCUUCAUGGAAUCAGGGUUUUGGUUACUCGGAUUUGUUACUUGAGGGACAAGGAUUUGAUGGCAUGGGAAGCUGCAUUAACAAUAACAAUCAACUUCCUCCGAUGAUGCAGACACAGAACCCAUUUGUCCAGUUUAGUCAGAAUGCUCCAUGGAAUCAGACGACAUCUUUUGGUGAUCCAAUGAUGUUCGCUUCCUACGAUUAG